AUGCCUGUCACCGGCGCUCAACCCAGCUCUGCGCAGGCGCAUCUGGCCCUUGGGAAUCCUCGACCAGAUCUCGGCAAUGACAUCGUCGUACAGUCGCGUGAGACGGGGGACGUCGUUCCCAACGAAACGCAGAAGCUCGUCCCCGGCUCGGGCACAAACAACCAAGCAAAGCCAUGGGCUCAUUUCUUCGCGGGUGGAAUCGGAGGCAUGACGGCGGCGACCCUGACAUCCCCCCUUGACGUCCUGAAAACAAGGCUGCAGUCGGAUUUUUACCAGGCGCAGCUGCGGGAGCUCCGCGCUGCGCACCCGCUGCCCGCAUCGCCAUCGGCGUUGACGUCGCUGCCGCGCAGUGCGCUGAUGCACUUCAACGAGACGUUCCAGAUCCUCCGGUCGAUCCAUGUGCAUGAGGGCUGGCGCGCCCUGUUCAAGGGCCUAGGCCCCAACCUGAUCGGCGUGGUGCCCGCGCGUGCGAUCAAUUUCUACGUGUACGGUAACGGGAAGCGCCUCCUGAGUGAUUAUUUCGGCUACCGCGACGUGCGCGAGACGCCGGUCGGCGUCCAUCUUACGGCCGCGGCGGUGGCGGGCAUCGCGACGGGUACCGCGACCAAUCCGAUCUGGCUGGUGAAGACGCGACUCCAGCUUGACAAGUCCAACGCCGAGCACGGGCAGGGCCGGCAGUACAAGAACAGCUGGGACUGUAUCCGGCAGACGGUGCGUCACGAGGGCAUCCGCGGGCUCUACAAGGGCCUGUCGGCGUCGUACCUGGGCGUGACCGAGUCCACGCUGCAGUGGGUGAUGUACGAGCAGAUGAAGAUGUUCCUGGCGCGCCGCGAAGCGGCCAAGCGAGCGGACCCUCACUACCAGUACGGGGCCUGGGACGAUGUUGAGGUGUGGGGAGGCCGGAUCUGCUCUGCGGGCGUGGCCAAGCUGAUCGCGGCGGCGGCGACGUAUCCACAUGAGGUGGUACGGACGCGGUUGCGACAGGCCCCCACGGUCUCGAUCGGAGAUGGCAAGGUGGAAAUGAAGUACACGGGUCUCGUGCAGUGCUUCAAGACGGUCUGGAAGGAGGAGGGGAUGGUCGGGCUGUACGGUGGGUUGACGCCGCAUCUGCUUCGCGUCGUUCCCUCGGCUGCGAUCAUGUUUGGGAUGUAUGAGGUAAUUCUGCGCCUCUUUGGUACAACUUCUUGA